GACUUCACAAAAUAAAACAGUUGAGUUUCAGUCAAAGCCAGAAGCAGCAUCUGGUCUCUUUUCUCUCACAGCAUCAAGAAGGUGUCUGCAACAAUGCUGAAGAUAUUACCAAUUCUAGCCAUCCUUGCAGGCCACACCAGCGGGGGGGUCGUGGUGACCAUCCCUGAGAAGACAGUGAAUGUCACAACAGGUGGAAACGCAACCCUCCUCUGCACAUACACCAGUUCUGGACCACUGGGAAAUUUCUUUAUUCAGUGGAGUUUUUACAGUGCCAAAGAGAGCCAGCUGCAUACCCAUUCCCCGUGUCACGGUAUUCUGAGUAUGGACGAAAAGUCAGUCAGUCUUUGUCAAAAGAUGGUGUAUGUGACAGAUGCACGGGGAAGAUGUAGCUGGAGAUACAAGAUCUAUUAUUAUUCAGGAGGCCAUUCUUAUUUCUAUGGAGCAUUUAAGAACAGGAUAACAGCUUCAGCAAGUCCAGGGAAUGCAUCAAUAACAAUCUCCAACAUGCAGCCCUCAGACACUGGUUCCUACACCUGUGAAGUUUUCAGCCCUCAGGGUGAUUCUGGACAGAGUCAAAAAUCUGUGAUCGUCAAUGUGCUGGUCAAACCAUCAAAACCUUUUUGCAAAGUAGAAGGAACACCUGAAAAAGGCCAUCUAAUCUACCUCCUAUGCAACUGUGAAGAGGGAUUGCCUCGCCCCACCUACCGCUGGUACAAAGUUGAUGAGAACACCCUCAAGCCUGUGACAGAACAACUUAAUCCAAACUCUGGCAUCCUCUACAUUGGCAACCUCACCACUUUUGAAACUGGCUACUAUCGGUGCAUAGCCAGCAACCUCCUGGGGAACAGCACCUGUGAGCUUGACCUAACGGCAAAACAUUCAGAUGGUGGCAUUGUUGCUGGAGCACUGAUUGGAGCAAUUUUGGCAGCUGCUAUAAUCUGCAUUAUCAUCUGGGUCUUAACCAAGAAGGCAAAAAAUAGGAAGUCACCAAAUUAUGAGAUCCAAUUUCAGUUUUUUCAUAAUUCUUUUCUGACUGAACUCUAUUUUUCAUGCACUUCAAUGGGACACCAGAUCUGCAUGGAAUUUCCCAGAAAGCUCACACCAAGCAAGAAAUGGCUCAGAAACAAUCCAACGCAGACUAUGUUCAGGUACCCAAUGAAGAAAACAUUCCUACAACCACAGCUCCAUCAAGCAAUGCAACAAAUGAAUACCCAAGCAUUGAUGAAACAGCAGCUCCAGCAACACCUGAAAAUGAUGAGAAGCAAGAAGCAGAAAAAGAAGAAAGAGUCUAGAGUUUGUAAUAGAGUUUUCUUUGUCACUUUUGGACCCCUUUAUAUAAAAAUUGUUGUAAUUGAAUUAACAUAGAAGCAUGACUAAAACUUGUAUUCAAGGUAUUUGUAUUGUGAGCCACUGGGGUGGAUCAAAAAGGGUCUCUUAAACAGGCACUUUGUGAAUAGCAGAAGAUUU